UGUAUUUAUAUAUAAAUUUUGCUGAUUUUUACAACUAGGACUUCGAGGAGCUAUUACUGUGAAUCUGCGAUCCCGAUGUUAUUAUCAACCUCCGCAGCAGGCCCCGGCUGUGAUACCGACCCUAGGGCAGCCUCGUCAGAACCCACAGUCAACCCGACGACUGAACCCAAGCGUGCGCCGCACGCUCUCGCAGGCAGAAAUAGAGACUCAGAGCAGUCAGCCAUCCCGACGGCCGUCGAUACAGAGAUCGCGAGGCACUACAAACAGUAGGGGCCGGGGAACCAGAGGAGGACGGGGCCGGGGAAGAGGCAGAGGAGGCAGGGCAGCUACAGCAGCAGCAGCAACAUCAGCAGCGCCGCCGUCUUCAGCCCCGGAGGAAGUCAUCCCGGCCACGCAGCCGCAGCCCUCACAGCAGCCCUCACA